GCCAGCGAUGAUGAGGAUGCCGGCCAAGACGAGAAGCAAGCCGAAGAAGGUCGCAUGGAGGAGUACUUCUCCGAGCUUGACGAGCAGCUGGAGUCCGCCUUGGAUGGUGAGCUGGCAGGGCAAGAGGCGGCGCGCACAGACGACGCCCUGCCGCUGAGCUCGCGCCACAUCAAGGUGCACGGCUCCGAUCCGCUGGAGCUGGACAUGCACGCCAUGGAGCAUGUGCUGGCGUCCUUCUGCUCCGAACAUCAACUGGAGCCCGGACCUGCUUCCGUCCUUCUCGGCGAGUUGGGUCUCGCAGGCGGAGGGCACACGGCCGGCAACCUCGACACGUUGGAUUGA